UAUACCAAUUACUCUUUUCUUUUUCUCUCCUUUAAUAUUUAACGUAUAUACUUUUUUUGAACAGCAUAUUUUGAGCGUUAUAUAUUUAUGUAUAUAUAUUCAUAUUUACAGAUAAAUUGACUAGCCCAUGAUACUCUUAACUCUCUUACUCUCAUGGCGAAAUUCACCUUGUCACUCGUUUCUUUCGCACUUAUUCUCCUUGUCUUACAAUCAUAUCAUCUUCUACUCAAUCCAAAGCUCACUUUCUCAUUCCAACCCAAAUUAUGUUGCUUCAAAUCCAUGGUAAGUAGGUUUAGUUAUAGCUCUGUAUACCUCCAUACUCGACCUGAAACCACUCAAAAGUCUAUAAACCAUUUGACCCGGAAACCAAAACACCCACUUGACCCGCUUACAUUACAAGAGGUUGAGAGGGUUCGAACCAUUCUCUCUUCUUACCCACCUUUCGUCUCUGCCUUCCCGCCAAUCCAGUCCAUGGUACUAGACGAACCCGACAAGAAUCGGGUGUCCAGCUGGAAAACGGGUGACCAGUUUCUACCUAGAAAGGCUACUGUGGUUGCACUUGUUAGUGGUACGUCUCACGUCGUAACUGUUGAUUUGGACUUGGGUCGGGUUACAACCCAUUUUAUAAGCACAACUUCUGGGUACCCGGCAGUGACCGUAGAUGAUUUGUCCAAGGCCUUGGAAGUGGCACUUUCGUAUCCAAAUUUGAAGAAAUCUGCAGUGGAGAGAGGUAUUGAGGUCUCUGACUUGGCUUGCAUAACUCUUUCGGUGGGCUGGUUUGGGCCCCAUGAAGAAGGAAAAAGGCUUACAAAGAUCGUUUGUUACUCUAGUCAAAACACAUCCAAUUACUACAUGAGGCCCAUUGAAGGCUUGGUCAUGACAAUAGAUCUUGACAAAGGAGAAGUUGUUCAAUUUGUUGAUAAGGGUCAAAGCAUACCAAUUGCAAGCGAGACCAACACUGAUUAUCGAUACAAUAAAGAUGGCCAAACGAAGAAGAAUUAUCCCAAAAUGAAGCCAUUAAACUCCAUAUCUAUGGAACAGCCCGAUGGGCCCAGUUUUAGCAUUGAAGGUGGGCACAUGGUGAGAUGGGCCAACUGGCAGUUUCACCUGAAGCCAGACCCAAGAGCUGGGAUGGUGAUUUCUAGGGCUAUGGUUCAGGAUUGUGAGAGUGGUGAGUUUAGAAAUGUUAUGUACAAAGGGUUUGCUUCAGAGUUGUUUGUGCCUUAUAUGGAUACAGAUGAGGCUUGGUACUUUAGGGGUUAUAUGGACGCUGGUGAAUUUGGACUUGGGGCCACGGCUAAGUCACUUGUGGCACUAAAUGAUUGCCCAAAAUAUUCUUACUAUAUGGAUGGAGUGUUUGUGGGCUCAGAUGGCAUGCCCUAUAUUGAGCCCAAUAUUAUUUGUAUCUUUGAACGUUAUGCUGGGGAUAUUAGCUGGCGUCACACCGAUUUUCUUGUGCCUGGUUCCGAGAUCAAAGAAUCUAGAAGGAAAGUGACACUUGUAGCUCGAAUGACUGCUUCGGUAGGAAACUAUGAUUAUAUAUUCGACUGGGAAUUUCAGACAGAUGGUUUGAUUAGAGUCAAGGUAGAGACAUCUGGAAUGUUGAUGGUAAAAGGGACUCCAUAUGACAACGUAAAAAAAAUCCCAAACGAAGAAGAAAUGAGCGGUCCUUUAGUGUCUGAAAACCUAAUUGGAGUUGUUCAUGAUCAUUUUGUUACUUUCCACCUUGACAUGGAUGUGGAUGGACCAAACAACUCAUUUGCUAAGGUUAGUUUGGUGAAACAAGAGACUGAUCCCUACGACUCAUCACCAAGAAAGAGUUACUUAAAAGUCAAGAGACACAUAGCCAAGACUGAAAAUGAGGCCAAAAUUAACCUCAAGCUCACCGAGCCUUCAGAACUUCAUGUUGUGAAUCCAUCUAAGCUGUCUAGGCUGGGAAAUCCAACUGGUUAUAAACUUGUCCCUGGGAGAACUGCUGCUAGUUUGCUUGAUAAAUACGAUCCUCCACAAUUAAGGGGUGCUUUCACAAAUAAUCAGGUAUGGGUGACACCUUAUAACAAGAGCGAGCAAUGGGCCGGUGGAUUUUUGGCAUACCAAAGCAAAGGAGAUGACACAUUAGCUGUGUGGUCAGAUAGGAACCGUAAAAUAGAGAAGAAGGACAUUGUGUUAUGGUACACAUUGGGAUUCCAUCAUAUACCAUGUCAAGAAGAUUUUCCUAUAAUGCCAACGGUGUCAGCAAGCUUUGAUCUCAAACCAGUGAAUUUUUUCGAACUCAAUCCUAUUUUACGUGUUCCGCCAACUUUUGAAGAUGAUUUACCUAAUUGUAAACAAUCAGUCUCGAAACAUUUGUGGUGUGUUUAAUUACUUAUAAUGCAAAUAAAAAGGUUGAGAAUUGAUUUAUAAA